AUGGCGCCCGUUGAUCGCGUAGACCACAAUGCCCUUGAGCAACAGCUCAAGGAUAUCAUCCAGGAUCUUUACCAAAUAAUGGUCCAAGUCUCAACCUACGAUUCCGCCGGCCGCUCAAGUAGAGAAGUCCUCAUCAACGAAAUCAAAACCCUCUCCGAGUCCCUCCGCACCCUCCACGCCUCAGCUUCACCACCGCACAACCUCCCCUCCGUCCCACCAGAACUCCUCGAAUACGUCGAGCACGGCCGCAACCCGGACAUUUACACGCGAGAAUUCGUCGAGCUCGUGCGUCGUGGCAACCAGCUCAUGCGCGGAAAGCUCAACGCCUUUGGGACUUUCCGCGACGUUCUGGCCGAGAAUAUGACGACUGCUAUGCCUGAGCUGCGCGACGAUGUGGCCCAGGUCGUGGAGGCCACAGGAGGUGUGCCGCCGGGGAGGAGGAACGGCGAACAUUCGCAGCCGCAGCAGAAUGGUGCUACUUCUAAUAACCAUGCAUCAUCGUCGGCUGCUUAA